UGAGGGAAAACGACUUUCAUUGACUUUGGGUCAAUGGAAAAAAAUUGGUAAUUCAUUUGACAAUGUUGGAAACUGCUCAUGUCCAUUGCUCUUCACCUGCUCCUAAUUUGAUGCAGGUCAGGUUGUAUAACAAGCAUUGUUCCUGUGCUAACAGAGUCUGGAUAUGUUAGACUUUCAACCUGUCCUCACCUUUCACCCCCUUCCACUGUAGUCAGCAGAGGAAAGGACACAGGGUUUGACAUUGAUAGUGUCUGUCUGUACCGAAGCAGCUGAACGAUAAUCUAAAACAAUAGUCUUGUCGAAAAUGUGAAUGAGAAUGCCUUUUUUUUACCUGGUAAAAUAAAAGUAAUAGUAUUGAAUUAAUGUGGAAAGAGGUAGGGAGGAAAAAUAAGCAAAAGAACCCAUUUAAUUAUGAAAUGAGUAUGUUAUGAACUCUCUGAAAUCUGCUUGAAGGAAGGGGGCAAGUGUGUGUUUUACUGAUCAGUGUACGUUUGUGAAAUGAGGAGCAUUAGCUGAUCCAGAACAGAAUAGUUGAGGCGAUCUCUCGCUCUCUCGCUCACUCGCUCUCUCUCUGUGGCGUGUGCUCCUUCCAGACGGGGAGACACAUCAUUGCGCUGAGUUGGACUACACUGGACACUGAGCUGCUGCAGUCUACUCUCUGUCUGAAUCUCCUUUAUCUCCUAAACUACUACCACUAGUAGUUUGUUCUUGAGAUUGGACAGUCUGAAUCUGAAAAGUCUGUUUUUGUCACUGCUCUGCCUCUGAAAGCCACAGUGAAUACUGUGGACAUACUGGACACUGAGCUGCAGCAGACCACCUCUCUUUUCUGCACUGCCGGACAGUUUGCCACGCAGUAUCGAACUCGUAGUUCAACUGCUAGUAGUUUGUUCUCUUUCAUCCUGUGCUUCUGGGGGAGGUAGGCUAAGACUUGAAACAGGAUGCUAACUGCUUGUUGACAACCCGACUCGGAAGGUCUUCCUCUCUGUUGUCAUCUUUGUCUUCUCCUUCAGUGGGUUCCUCAAGCUCGUUUGAGUGCUUAUUUUCCGUCCGAGUCGAGUCUAAGCUGCCCUACAGGGCCAUCAUCACUGGGUCACCACCAUGCAGGUGUCGUUAGUGUGCUCGGACAACCACCGUGGCGGUGGCGUGACACGCACCACGGAGGAACGUCUGAACCAACGUAACUCCAACAGCCCCAGUCUGAGCACCAAGAACAAGUUCCGCGCUGUGGCCAUGGUGGCCCGCAGCCUGGGACAGCUGUCCGUCAACAUUCCCUCGUCCAGCGACCAGAGCAUACGCACUGGCAUGAAGUAUAGAAACCUAGGCAAGUCUGGAUUGAGGGUGUCCUGCCUGGGAUUAGGCACGUGGGUUACCUUCGGAGGACAGAUCACUGAUGAGAUGGCGGAGGAAAUAAUGACAUUAGCCUAUGAGAACGGAAUCAAUCUGUUUGACACAGCGGAGGUCUACGCUGCAGGGAAGGCAGAGGUCGUAUUGGGAAACAUCAUCAAGAAGAAAGGUUGGAGGCGCUCCACUUUGGUCAUCACCACCAAGAUAUUCUGGGGAGGAAAAGCAGAAACAGAAAGAGGGUUGUCCAGAAAACAUAUCAUCGAAGGACUAAGGGCAUCGUUAGACAGACUGCAGCUAGAGUAUGUGGAUGUCGUUUUCGCAAACAGACCGGACCCCAACACACCUAUGGAAGGAGACCCAUUUCACACCUCAAAGUCCAAGACAUUCAUCAUAGAAGAGACGGUACGGGCAAUGACCCAUGUGAUCAACCAGGGGAUGGCCAUGUACUGGGGAACGUCGCGCUGGAGCUCCAUGGAGAUCAUGGAGGCGUACUCGGUGGCCAGGCAGUUCAACCUGAUACCCCCUAUAUGUGAGCAGGCUGAGUACCACAUGUUCCAGAGGGAGAAGGUGGAGGUGCAGCUUCCCGAGCUCUUCCACAAAAUAGGUGUGGGUGCCAUGACGUGGUCUCCGCUGGCGUGUGGGAUCAUCUCAGGGAAGUACGAUAGUGGGGUACCCCCGUACUCACGGGCCUCGCUAAAGGGCUACCAGUGGAUGAAGGACAAGAUCCUGAGUGAGGAGGGGCGCCGUCAGCAGGCGAAGCUGAAAGAGCUGCAGGCCAUUGCCGAGCGACUGGGCUGCACCCUGCCCCAGCUCGCCAUCGCAUGGUGCCUGAGGAAUGAAGGGGUGAGCUCUGUGCUACUGGGGGCCUCCAGCACAGACCAACUGAUGGAGAAUCUAGCAGCAAUACAGGUUCUUCCAAAGUUGUCAUCCUCCAUCGUUCACGAGAUGGAUAGUAUCCUAGGCAACAAGCCCUAUAGUAAAAAGGACUACAGAUCCUAGAGGCUGCCUGAGGAACAUUGUUGGGCGGAGGUCAGCAUCUACCUUCUUCCUCGUCUGCAACCAGCUUCAGUUGAACAAGACACCAGGCACCAUGGGAAAUAUAUAGCCAUUGAACCACUUGGGAAAGUCAAUCAGAGUAUCUAAAUAUAUAUAUAUCUUUCUCCCAACCCAAAGAUUUUAGAGAAGACUUGAAGACAUUUCCCAUCCAAGGAACUGUAUUCACCAUUUCAUUGAAACAUUUGCUUCAGCGUAAAAAACACAUUUAUUUCAGCUCUAAGGGGAAAACACAAAAAGUCACGCACAGGUCUGCCUUGCCAUAAUUUCCUGCUUGACCAUCUUAUUAUUAUUUAGAAAAAUAGAUGGGACCCACAGCAAGUCCUUAAAUGCACGUUCAUAAACUAUUUAUUCUAUAACAGAUUCUUGAUUGAAAAGGAUUAGAAUCCAGAACCCCUUUGAAAAGGUUUUUGUCUUGUAUAGGUCCCAUCAAAUGAAUUGAUCCAGCACUCCAUUAAAGAUGCACUGUGCAGAAAUCACUAAAAUCACUAAAAUUCAUAUAGUUCGCUGAAUUUCAGUAUGUAUGACAAAACAAGCAAGUAUAGUGUAGAGAAUCACUGUAACAUCUAAACCGCUGUGAAGUAUAUUCUCCAUAACCAACAAUAUUGUAUUUUCAGCUGUUUGAAGCUAGUGUGCAAAACCGAAAGUAAGACACAAAACAAAACUUAAGAAUGGGAGCGCAUAGAACAGAUCUACCGCUUCUUAGACUUGCUUUCAAUGAGACAGAUCUUUAACACACAUUUCUAUGUGAAUUUGGUCAGGUCGCCCAAAAAGUUACAUAUUGAAACUUUAAAUCGAUAAUACAUUGGUGGUAUUGAACUGAACAAGAUAACUUUUGUUGAGAUUACCAAAGCUGAUACUAUUCCAUGCCUAGAUAAUAGAAAUAGAAUGAUGAGUGGACAUGAUUUUGUAUCUGAUAUAAAGGGCAUGUGUCCCACUACUCUGAUGAUGAGUUGAAAAAAGGACAUUGAACACUUAACACUUAAACAGUUAGUAUGGUUAAAUCACACCCAUUCAACUAAGGCAACUUGGGCUGCCAUCUUUUCAACUGGCAAAAAGUUGAGAUCUUGCCUGCAGCCACUCUUUCUUCAGUUUACAGACUGAACCAUUAUGAGUUAUUUCUGAAUUUAACCUAUCUACAAGACUGUACAUCUGCCAGUCUGUGUGUUUUUUGUUGUUGUAAGCCUACCGAAUGGCAGUGUCUAUCCUAUUCAUUGUAUUUCUUCACUUCUAUAUCUUUACACACACACUCCCUCCCUCUGCUUCAGUGUGAAGAGGGCAGCCCUCCCAGCCAUGUACAGUAAUGGCUUUUCAGAGAGCACUCAGUGAGAAAACCCCUUGCCUCAAAACUCUGUCACAUCCUAUAGUGACUGGAUCAGGUUAAGUGUUUUUAACUUUUUACUCUCAGUAUCGCAGAAGACAGGGUCCCGGGAUUGGUCAUGAAAUUUUCCCAGAGUGCUAGAUAAAACAGCUUCCUGUGUUAUGAAGUUAUGUAACACAAAACAGAACAAACUGGCACCACCAAAAACGACUUCUCCCUUCCCAAAAAUAUAUAUGUUUGACGAAAGCGUAAUGUUCCAGUUUCAUAAAUGCUUUCUGUGAGCAGACAAAGCUACGAAAUCGUGAAGGUCCAGUGGGCAGUUAUAUUUGUGUGUGUGUGUGUGUGUGUAGCUCACUUUACCUGGUCGUGGUCACGGCUGUAGUUGGACAAGAGACAUGUUCACUCGUCUAAAGCCAAAGAGAACACCCCAACACACAUAUUACUGUACUGUAUAACACUCAAGACUUCUAAGUGGUUUUUGCUAGUUGGAGUGUCUGUGGUUUGUUUUAAUUUCAGUCUCAACGUCGCUUGAGAUUCAUUUAGGAACGCUUUCAUGCAGCCUAGUCUCCUUUCCUCUGUCACUGAAGAUGUGGGAACAUGAUAUUUGGGAAACACAGUUGCUUACAUAGUAUUUUCUGUGUUUGCAAUGUUGCAUUUUCUGCCUAAUGAUGCUGUGUCCCUAUUCUAAAACAAUGUUCAAAAGCAUUUGUGACCUAAACACACUGGUUGUAUCUCAUUCUAAAGGAGAUAGAGAUAGAAAUAGAGAGAGAGAGGGACAUGUCUCAUUCAGUCAAUGCUGCAAACCUCAGGAGUAUCUUUGUUGGGUCUUUGGCGCCACCCUCAGGUCAUAAAACAUCAGUGGCAGCAUUGAUGUUGAUAUUUGUUGUCUUGAGAAAACACCCAUCCUGUCUACAAUUGGUAUUAAAACCUGAUCCAUGCUUCACCUUAAUAUUUUGAGUUAAAUAUUUGGAUUUGAUCAUGUCAUUUCAAUUUGGCAAGAUAUUGUGCCAUUAUAACGACAUGCUCUAACUAUGGCAGUGGAUGGUCGAUGGUAUGAUACCAUCUAGUAACAAGACAGUGAAGUCUACAGUAAAUACAAUUUUGUAACACCUUACCCUCCAGUUUGCAUAAGUAUCUAUACCCAUUACAGUUGUGACACUGAGAUAGUUGGCCCACAUCAACUCUGCUGCCCAACCAGUUACUGAAAUAAAUGACUGGGUCUGAAAUGACUGGAACUUGAGCAUUAGGUUUGAUGAUAGUUUAAGGUAGGCUGAUGGAUGUACUUCCAGGAUAACUUAGCCCGUAGUUCAGCACAACAUAGACCUGCAAGAUUGAUGGGGUGUCCAUUUGCAGGACACCAGACAAAAAAAGUGACUGUUUAUAUAUUGCAUGGCCACCCACUAUGACACUACUCUUUAGCUAAUGUUGAUACAAAUACAGCAUAUUGUCUGGGUGUAAACAUACAGCUUUUUUAAAGUUGUAUACCUAUGUUUUGUAUGCUUAAAUUAUGUAUCGCCUGUAAGGCUUUUGGCUUUCACCAAAGCUCACGACUGAGAAACAAAUUGGAAACAUCUUAUUUUAAAGACAGGUUAUAUACUGUAACCGCUCAAAUUGUACAGUUGCAUAUGUGUGUGAGUGUGUGCAUGUGUUCAUGAGUGCGAUCCUGUGUAUGUGUGUAUACCAGUAACCAACACUGAUCUCUUAUGUUUCGUCCUGUGUGCUCUGAUGUUGACUUUGGCAGGACAACAAAAUAUUUGUUGCAUGUGCAUUUCUCUGAGUUUGUGGUCACCAGGCCUGGUUCUACCUAGUCCCAGGGAGCUACUGCACAAGGCAUCUCUACAUCAGACUGUCACUUAGAAACAUUAAGUAAAGGAGUGUGUGGGAGCUAGCCUGGGUGCCAGGAGAAAGAGAUGGGCACCCAAGCUAUGCGUGAGCCUUAUCCAAUGAAAAGUGAUUAUUUAGCCACGGAUCACUCUCUUUGGGUAUGUUCUAAAGUAAAUUUACAUUAUAUAACAUUUCUAUCCUUUGCAGAUUGAUGGAAUGCUGGUCAGUCACAAGUAAAUGCAGCCCGAGCAUCUAGUUAAGGCACGCUAUGAAGACACACACUAUGUUGUAGAUAAGAGCAAACAUAAUCAACUAAGUAGAGUACGCUACUGUGCAUUUCAUGUAAAGGGACUAAUUGACAAGCUAUUUUAAUGGUCUUAUUUUUUACACACACAAAUACUGUGCAGUAUAGGAAUCUGUAAUAUAGUCAACUGCUAGCUAUUUGUACAUUUGCAAUGUCAAAAUACAUAAUGGAUUCACAGAUUCUUUCUGUACUGUAUAUAAUCUAAAUUCUGUAUAUACUGUAUGGCUGUUAGCUAUCACUUUCUGCCUUUGUUUUAUCUUCUGUUCAUUUUACAAGCAUUGCUUACUGAAUUGUGAUUGAAGCAGACUUUAGGUGAAUUGUGUUUACAGCUUGAGAACGUAUAAGUAUUAAAAUAAAUGCUAUAAAUAAAAAUAAAUGUAUUGACUUCAUACAGAA